AUGGGCGAUACCGGUCUUUAUGGUGGGUUUGGUCCUCCUCCCGUUUCUUUGGUUCCCCCGAUGGUCGAUCAAUCUCAUUCUGCCACUACGACAACCGUUUCGGGUGCAGAUCCCACAAUAGCUCCACCCUCUUCUAGCUCUGCUUUAUGCUAUCAAGCGAACCCUUAUGUUGUAGCCUAUGCAGGGUAUUCGAAUAGUUAUGCGGCCAGUUAUGCUGCUUAUUACACUGCCAUGUACCAACAAUAUUCAUAUGCUCCUACUCAUCCUUAUUCUCCUUGGGCUUCUGUAUUACCAUCAUGCAUUCCUGCCUUUGCGGGCCUCAGCACUGACAGUCAAGAAAAUUCUACCGCAGUUGCGGCUCCUGCUCCUCCACCGGCUACUGCAGCUGGUACUCCCGAAGAAAUAUUCGAGUUUGCACAACAUUUCUUCCGAUAG